AUGCGCGUAACCAGAUUAUCGGUCACACUGGUAGGAAAACUGGGCACAAUGGCGUUUGAUACGAACCAUGUAAAGGAGUUGGUUCGCAUCACUUACCCAUCCGUUUUUAACAAACUACUGACUCAAAUAUGCUUUACUCGUGCUUUUUUUGCGGAUUGUUUCAAGGGUAUGCCGACCGAACCUUGUGGGGCCAUCGAGAGUAACCAAAGUUUAUCCUCACCGAUAGUUGCUGAAUCCAUUCCUGAAGAUGCAGAGUCAUCCUCUAUUGCUGCGAAACCAAAUUCAUCUGUGAAGGGCAGAUCAGCAAAAGUGUCCCCAAGAUAUUACAACUCAUUAGCAUACACAUUAUCCGUGUUGAAAAGUAGUGGAAAUGACUCGGACGAUAGUGAUUCGGAGUCUUCUUCCUCACCAUCCCUGCAGGAGAAACAAGAUUACAGUCCUAAGUAUGUAAUUCCACAAGUGCAGGUCUCCAAACCCUCUCCAGAAUUGGAAGAUCAAGGGAAUAAUAAGUCGAUUUUUGAGGAAAUGCGAAUGCUUGGGCUUCCUACAAGUUUUGGACAUCCUAAAUUUGGAGAUCAGUCCACUACUGACCUGGACGCGCUGUUUUUGAACUCGCUCGAAAAUGUCAAAGAAUCACAGUGGCUCGCUCAUAGUCUCACCGAUAUUUGUAAGGAACAUCCAUCCCUUGUUCUUUCAGCAGCCUCGCUUCCUCUGUUUCCACAUAGUGGAUACGACGACAACCUCACCCUAGAAACGCAGUGCAUUUUCGCAGCUGUUUGUCGUGUCAUCGAGUACGGCUUUUGUCCGAAUCAGCCGUGGGUUCAAAUUCCAAGAAAUUUGCGUUUCCAACUCCCGGACUCCUGGAGUGAGGCUUCUCCAAGGGCUGUGAAAUGGGCAAUUCAAUCGUCCCUAUCUUCCGGACAUCGUUGCAUCUUCCGCUACAAGCCCUCCUGCGCCGCGUCCUCUCGCAGGUACGUAAAUCAAAAAUCGCCACCGGAGCAUUUAUACGAGGACGGGGGGGAGACUGCUUCCUCUGUGGAGAAGUACUGGGCUCAGCGCUAUCGCCUCUUCUCACGCUUCGACAGUGGCAUACAGUUUGAUCGAGAGGGUCUUUUCAGCGUCACGCCGGAGGUGAUUGCUGUGCACCACGCGCGGCGAUUGGCAAAUAUACUUGGUGGACCGCCGUCCUCUCAUACCGUUCUCGAUCUCUUCACCGGCAUCGGCGGAAGCUGCAUCCAGUUAGCGGUUGUAGGCUUCAACGUUGUGACGGUGGACGUAAGCGAGUCGAUGUUGCAGAUGGCCAAGGCCAACGCGCGAGUCUACGGCGUGCACAAACGUAUUACCUUCGUCCAUGCUGAUGCCUUCGCCUUCUUGCGGGAAACACGCUAUCGAUUUUCAGCGGCCUUCGCGUCGCCUCCCUGGGGUGGACCCACCUACUCUUCCUCCACCGUCUUCUCCCUGUCUAGUCUCACUAUUUCAGGUGGAGGCGAGACUUGUAAUAACUUCUUCAAUCUUCUAGAGGCGAUCGCUUCUGUGACUGUCUCAGGAGGCCCUGUGGCUCUGUUCCUUCCAAGAAACACUAACGCAGGUCAGUUGUUUGAACUGCACCGAAGGUUCAUAGGUGCCGCGCUGGUGGAUGUGAUUCCUCAGCUGGAAUGUGAGCUUGCACUCAUCCAUGGCAGGCCAAAAGGCCUCACGGUUUACCUCUACUAUGGCGAAGGAAUGGAUAAAGAGGAGUCAGAAUCGAGUUCAACCCGUGUUAGCUUUGGGGCAUUCACAUUGUACCACUGGAUGACGCCCUCGACACAGCUGGUUGACGUACCGCGCGCUCGCUAUGCAUUCAAUAGUGUCGAAGGGCGAUCGAAUGCGCUGGGGCCUGUUCGCACGGGAUCCAAUGACGUGUUUGCGAUAUGA